AUGGGUAGUCCUGAUAAUGAUGAUGCUUAUUAUCCAAUUGUCGAUUCGUCUACUAUACCGUGGGUCACAAAAAUAUGUGCACUAGAGAUCCAUACCCGUAGAUCGCAAAAAAACAGUCCUCGGUGUUUUCUGAUGGCUCGUCGAAAAGAAUAUCUAGAAGAUAUGUGGGAGGAUGCUGAUUUACAGGUUGUGCAAAGGGGUGAGAAGAAAGCUAGUAAAGGUAGUACUCCUAGUAAACCUGGUAAAUCGAGAAAAGUUGGUCGUAAAAGAAUAGGCAUUGCUGACAUUCUAGAUAAUGAUGUUGAAGAUGAACCAGGAGCUAAAUUACCAGCCAUUGGUGGUAUACCUUAUGUUCAGUAUCGACCUGGCUCCUGGAUAGGUGGACUAUAUGAAUGUCCUGGCUUGACUGAUGACGACGGAAUUUCUUGUACGGAGGAGAAUGCCAUUCCUAUACUACCACUAAUGGCAGAUAACCCAUUAACAUGGUGGUCGGAAUUUCCUGACUCCAGACAUUAUAUUCAAAGAGUACCUCUGCUUUAUACAUACGACAAGCUAGCACCGUAUGAAAAAAAGGGUCUAUACUGGGAACAUGACAUCAGCCUGAGAUUAGGAGUGUCCGAAUCACCAUUUGGUGACCUCCCUCCUAAUAACUGGUACGAUUAUGUCAAGCCAAGCGAGAAUUAUAGUGGACUGGGAUACAUUGAGCUUACAGAGAAAAAGAACAGAGAAAACGGUAACCACCAAAAUAAAAAAUUCAGUUCUAGGUUUACUAAUGGGACUGAAAGCUGGUAUAAACAGGGCGGAAUUCUUCCAUAUUUUUCUAAACAGAUAACCAACUCGACGGUUUCUCUUCCCAGGCGACUUCAUCUUUUAAAGCAUAAAACAACUAAUGGAAGUUGGGAAACAUCAUCAACAUUGAUCUCUAAGUCUACACAGGUCUCUAGGCUUACAACUCGACCAGCAUUACUACCGCUUCUCUCACCUUCACAACAAGCCAGCACCCCGCAAGACCAACUACAACCCACAGCAACAUCUACUCUGAUAUCCAUAGACACAUCUGCAUACCCAGUUACGACCUCAUCUAGACGACCACCAUUUGCAUCGCCCAUUGUGGAACCAAUACUUCACAAACUGAAUUCUAAACUAGCCUGGGAGAAACAUGUCAAAGCGAAGCUCACGACAAAACCAAGCUUAGAAACGCCAUCACAAACUCUUUUGUCUACUAAGUCACUUCAUAAGCAUCUCUCGCCUACAAGCAUUCGCAUGAACCACCAUCCACUCUAUGACCGGGGCGAUGGGCGUGUUCGAAGACCAAUCCGCCCAGUUGUAAACGGCAAGGUCAUCAUUGCCUGA